GCUGCCUGGUCCAGGCCACUUCCAUCUGUCUGCAGUGUACCGCCGGAAGCACCAGGAGCUGCAAGCCAUGCAGAUGGAACUGCAGAGCCCCGAGUACAAGCUGAGCAAGCUCCGCACCUCAACCAUCAUGACCGACUACAACCCCAACUACUGCUUUGCCGGCAAGACCUCGUCCAUCAGUGACCUGAAGGAGGUGCCACGGAAAAACAUCACCCUCAUUCGGGGUCUGGGCCAUGGUGCAUUUGGGGAGGUGUAUGAAGGUCAGGUGUCUGGAAUGCCCAACGACCCCAGCCCCCUGCAAGUGGCGGUAAAGACGCUGCCUGAGGUGUGUUCCGAACAGGACGAGCUGGAUUUCCUCAUGGAAGCCCUGAUCAUCAG